AUGGCAGUUCGGUACUCCGUCGUGUCGGACAGCGGGGCCGGCUGGAGGCGGUGGAGGCUCCUGAUCAACGGGUCGCAGGUGGAGGACCAGGGCCAGUACCGCUGCCAGGUGGCCACGCAGCCGCCCAAGAUUCUGGCUGUCACCCUCGUUGUCACAGAGCCGCAGGUGCAGGUGGUGGACGAGCGCGGCACGAAGGUCGUGGACAAGCACUACAACAGCGGGAGUAUGAUCGAGCUCAAGUGCGUGAUCGAGAAAGUUCCCUUCCCGCACCUCACGGUCAACUGGCUACGCGGCUCCACCGUCCUCUCCUUCAACACGUCUCGGGGAGGAAUCAGCGUGAAAGGCGACGCUGCCUCGGGCUACAUCAGGAGCCGCCUGUACGUGGCUGACGCCUCCCCGGCCGACUCCGGGCUGUACUCCUGCUGGUACGGGAACUACACCAGCGACACCGUCUCCGUCCAUGUCAUAGCCGGCGAGAACUCGGCAGCAAUGCAGCACGACGCUCUUCCUGACGGAGCCACAACGAGCGGCGCGUCAUCACCUCACUGCCCAGACCACCUGUACCAGCUGCUCAUCCCCGUGCUUUCCAGCUGGUCCUUGCCUAAUGUUAUCGCCGUGUUUACUACGUGGCUGUAUUCUUCUCAGUCAUUCUGGAUCAAUACAGCCACGGAUGCACUGCUACCCUCGCUCAUAUUGAAACAAAACAAUACUCUGCUGCAGUGA